UUGAUUACAUUCUAAUUUUUGUAAUCGUUAAUCUUCCUUGAUUGUGUUGUAUAAUUAAAACAAACGAACAAAAAACAAGAAAUAUGGACAUUAUCAAAGGUUUGGAACAGAUUGGUGUCGUACUCAAUGAGAUUGUCGCACAAAAAAAUCCACCGAAUGUAAACGAUAAUAUAAAUGAUAUUGAAAAUGAUGAUAAAAAACAUCAAAAACCAUUAUUGGAGAAACAACGAUUACGAUUUAUUAAUCAAAGUGUAUGUGAUUAUAGUAAAAUUGUUGCUAAUCUUAUCGAUUAUUUUGAAUUAAAUUUACCAAAAGAAGAAUCUAAGCUAUUGAAAGAAAAAAUCGAUACAAUCAAUGAUGAAGAAUGUAAAAUCUGUGAAUUAAUCACACAAUUGAUAAAACAAACUGAAUCUGAUCUGGAUGAAAAUGCCGAUAUGCUUGAACAGAUUCUUGUGUUUUUGGCUGGAAUUCCAAAAAAUAUACGCGAACAUAUUAAAGAAAUAAAUCCUGAUCAUUUUGAACUAGAUGAUGAUAUAAGAUUUAAAAUACAAUUUGCUAUCAAUCAAGUAUCAUUGAUGGUUUAUGAUUCAAUGCAAAUGUUACAAUCGAUACAGGAUAAAUUGAUUGAAAUAUGUAGUCUUUAUCAUAUACCAUAUUAUUAUGAAACAAAUGAUUAUUACAUUAAACUACGACGAUCCAUUUCGAUAACAUAUAAAAAUCUAUACACAAUCAUUAAUGAUUUUCAAACAUUAAGCUAUGCUUUAUGGAUGGUACGACAUUAUGAAUCCGUAAUGAUGUCUUCAUCAAAUGAAAAUAAAUGAAUAAAUUUCAUUUUUUCAGUUGU